CACUGUGAGAUACACUCUGGGAGUCUUCUGCACUAUGUAAGCCUAUAAAAGCUAUAGUUUCUGCCCUAGGAUCAUAGAGUCAGCUAAAAUUAAAAUGUCAGUACAUAGUGAAGAAAAGCUGGGCUAAAUUAUGUAUCUUUUUAGAAGUCUUUUCAUUGUGUAAUAUCUCUUUCUGUUUUCUUUUUUACUUUGAAGGAGAUAAUUCCCCUCUUGUCUAUAAAUAUAAAAUGUUAUAACCCUUUUUUUAUGAAGCCACUAUUUUCAGUUGUACAUUUUUAUGAAGUUUCAAUUACUUGUUAUAACCAGCUAAGUUUUACAUUUUUCAAGUUUGUAUGCUGCUUGCUUUUUAACAAUGCUGUAUGUUAGUCCAUAAUUACUAAAUUCUUAAAAUUCCUAAAUAUUUAUUAUUUUUUUCUAGGUGGCCAUCAAAAUACUUGAUAAGACCAAAUGUAACCCAGCAACUCUCAAAAUGAUCUACUGAGAGAUGAAAAUUAUGACGAUGCUGCAUCAUCCACAUAUAGUGCAACUGUAUGAGGUCAUCAACAGCGGGACCACCAUGUACCUCGCUAUGGAGUAUGCCUGUCAUGCCAGAGAAUCUCUUAUUAGGCGCCAAUGGCGAAAUAAAACUAACGGACUUCGGCCUCAGUGCGCACUUUACACCGGGCACUCCACUGACCACCUGUUGUGGGACACCGUGUUACAUCGCGCCGGGAAUUGUGGAGGGGAAACCAUGCCACGCCCCUCUGCGGAUGUCUGGAGUCUAGGAGUCCUCCUUUACAUGUUUGUCACCAGCACCUUCCCUUUCAAAGGGGACAAUCUUAAGGAGGUAAUGAAACAUAUAAAACGAGGGAAAUACCACAUCCCCUCCUAUGUUUCCAGACAGUGCCAAAAACUUAUCAGGAGUUUACUAAUAAUAAAUCCAGGUGGCAGAAGCUCUCUCCAGAAAAUUAUGGAGGACGAGUGGCUCAACAUGGGACAUCUGGAGCCACUGGUGCCACACAGGGGAGUCAAGAGGAACAUGCAGGAUGAGAAACGCAUUCAGAUUCUGUUGAGGAUGGGGUACAGAAAGCAAGACAUUGAGGUGUCUCUGAAAAAUCAGCAAACUGAUGAAAUCAGUGGCACCUAUAUGCUGUUAAAGGAAACAUCUGUUGAGCAUGGAUUCUAAUCCAGCACCACCAGCUGCUGCAGAAACAAAUAAUGACUCUGUGACCACCACACCUCAACCCAACUCUCGACCCACAGCCAGUUGGCACGGUUUCACUCUGCAGGCACAGGAACACCGAACCGCAGUGUGUAAUGAUCGCCCUGCCAUCAGGAGCCUUCCCGUCCGAGGGAAAUCGUUGGUGAACAGCACAAGUGGAGGCUCCGAUAUCAUCAGCAAAUUAAGGACCAAACUGCGGAGGACUCUCCCUCAGGAGAGAAGACGAGCCCCGUCAGACACAAUUCCCAGUGGAAGCCCCCUGGGUGAUGUCCCCUUCGCUGGGCACACGUCCAUUGACACAGCGGCACAUGGGCAGCCACAGGACCUUCCACCUGCUCCACCUGACUGCCCCCCUGCCUCUCGUCCCAUCCCGCCACUCUGCCCCCUCACCCCCUGCUGUGCCAGCGAGAAGGUCCAUUUUCUCCCACUUCUGCUGCACAGCUUCUGAUUAACAUCAAUAAACAUUUGUUAAGCAA